ACGGGAAGUAGGCGUGGCCGGCCCAGAGCAGCUCGUGGGGAGCACUGCGGCAGCCUGGCAGGAAUAAAAAACACUGGGAAAGGGUAACCCCUCACCUCCACGAGGGAGCGAGGCUACCUGAAGGAAAGGAAACACAGAAAGGACCCACUGCAGAGUCAAGACCAAGGGAAUGUGCUGGAACCUGUGAGCACUCCAGGAGGAAAGGGAGCACGGUGGGACUGACUCCACACACACAGCACAGGAAAGAGUGAAGACUGACUGGAGACCAUCUCACCCCAACAUCACUGCAAGUCCCCGGGAUGCACUGGGCAUGGCCUCUGGAGCCCUACAGAACAGCAGCCAGAUGGCCUGUGACAGCGAGCUCCCAGGCUUCCUGGACACCCUCCUCCAAGACUUCCCAGCCCCACUGAGCCCAGAGAGCCCUUUGCCAUGGAAGGUCCCAGGGGCAGUACUGAGCCAGGAAGAGGUGGAGGCGGAGCUGGCUGAGCUGGCAGUGAGCUUCCUGGGCAGCAGGAAUGCGCCCCCACCCUUUGCUGCAGCUGUGACCCACAAGGCCAUUUCCCAGCUACUACAAACAGACCUUUCCGAAUUCAAGAAGUUGCCUGAACAAGAGGAAGAGGAGGAGGAAGAGGAAGAGGAGGAAGAGAAAGCCCUUGUGACCUUGCUUGAUGCCAAAGGCCUGGCACGGAGCUUCUUUAACUGCCUUUGGGAAGUAUGUAGCCAGUGGCAGAAGCAGGUGCCGUUGACUGCCCAGGCCCCUCAGCGGCAGUGGCUGGUCUCUAUCCAUGCCAUCCGGAACACACGGCGCAAGAUGGAGGAUCGACAUGUGUCCCUUCCUACUUUCAACCACCUCUUCGGCUUGUCUGACUCUGUGGACCGCGCCUACUUCGCUGUGUUUGACGGUCAUGGAGGAGUGGAUGCUGCAAGGUAUGCCUCUGUCCACGUGCACGCCAAUGCUUCCCACCGGCCAGAGCUGCUCACAGACCCGGCAGCGGCCCUCAAAGAAGCCUUCCGGCACACUGACGAGAUGUUUCUCCGGAAAGCCAAGCGAGAGCGACUGCAGAGCGGCACCACAGGUGUGUGUGCAUUCAUCACAGGAGCGACCCUGCACGUUGCCUGGCUCGGAGACUCCCAGGUCAUUCUGGUACAGCAGGGCCAGGUGGUGAAGCUGAUGGAGCCACACAAACCCGAGCGACAGGAUGAGAAAGAACGUAUUGAAGCACUGGGUGGCUUUGUUUCUCUCAUGGACUGCUGGAGAGUCAACGGGACCCUGGCAGUGUCUAGAGCCAUUGGGGAUGUCUUCCAGAAGCCCUAUGUGUCUGGUGAGGCAGAUGCAGCAUCCCGAGAGCUAACAGGCUCAGAAGACUACCUGUUGCUUGCCUGUGAUGGCUUCUUCGAUGUUGUCCCCCACCAAGAAGUCCCGGGUCUUGUCCACAGCCACCUAAUCCGGCAGAAGGGCAUCGGGUUGCAUGUUGCUGAGGAGCUAGUGGCUGUGGCCCGUGACCGGGGCUCCCAUGACAACAUUACAGUCAUGGUAGUCUUCCUUAGGGACCCCCGAGAGCUGCUGGAGGGUGGAGCCCAGGGAACAGGGGGUGCCCACGCAGAUGUAGGAAGCCAGGGCUUGCCCACUGGCAUCUCAGAACUUGAGACCAAUACCUCACCAAGAAGCUGAGUGGUCCAGGCCCCCAGCCCCCCCCAACUCCUCCUGCCCUUGUGAUCCCCCCUUCAAAGACCUUAGACCCAGCAGGUAUAGUGGGCAGGGGUGCAGACCCUCACAGCAUCCCCUUAGCACCCCAGCCUUCACGAGGCCUGCCACAGUCUGUCCGCAGACCGCAGAGCUGCAGGAGGCAGUGAGUGGACCUCAGAAGGAAGCGUAGGGAAUGACCUCACCCGAGAGAGGAUGGCUGAGGUGGGCCCGGCAGCACGGGACUGAGGACAGAACCACAGGCACCUGCUGGCAUCCUAACCAAAAACACAGGUCAGGGCUCAGACCUUCGCACAGACCUUUCAGGCCCAUCCUGGGGUGAGGUCUGCAGCCAGGUAUCUGGCCUGGGCUUGUGGCUUCUCACUGUACCCCAGCUGGGAGGAGCACCAGGGGAUGACCCACUGCCACUCUUAGCUGAGUUCUAGGCCACCAGGGUCUUGUAGACCUCUUUCCCUUGAGCAUCCUAGGGAGGUGAAGUCAGACGUGUGUGCGUGUGUGUGUGUGUGUGUGUGUGUGUGUGUGUGUGUGUGUGUGUGUGUGUGUGCCGUUUGUGUACUUAGAGUUAUUGCAAGGAAAGGUCUAAUCCAGAAUCAGUAUUCAGGUUUUAUCAGUGCCAAGCUGACCCGCAAGGUCAUGUAAUUUAAGCUAAGCUUAGCAUUUAUUUUAUUCCUGAAAACUUAAGUAUUUUACUUUUUUAUGUAUUCAUGAAGACAUUUGCAGUAUUACUGGGGUUUUUUGUUUUGUUUUGUUUUGUUUUCCUGAAUCAGGAUGGAAACAAACUUUUCAGGUUGUGUUAACAAGCCACUUAAGUGCCUUAAUCAGCUUUGGCGUAGACGAGGGCUGCUGGGCCCAGCAUGGAUCCUGACGGGUGUGUUCAGGUUUUCAAGAAGGCAGCACUUGCUGUGGGAAGGUCCUUUUGUGCUUCUGGGAACCUCAGAACUUCCUUGAAGUGAUCAGCAGAGGCUGUGACUGUGGGCAUCUUGGGUGACAGUGGCCUCCUUGCCUACCCUUGAGGUCCGGCUAGAUCCCACCUAGGAAGAUCUUACUGCCCUUGGACUAGAAGUUUCAGAAUCUUCGUAUAUUUGUCAUCACAUUGAGUCAUUGAGGACAGUGCAUGGUUAAGGAACUUUGGCCAGCCCGGAAGUACACCUCCUUGGGCACUAGCAGUCUGCUGCCACGGUCACCACCUGUCUCCUGUGGCUGGUGUCCUUGCCUGCUGGACUCUGUCCUCUCUGCCUGAGCAACAUGAAAGAGUGCCACAUCCCUGGAGCAGUGGGUGGGAGGCGCAGCAAUGGUGCCUGGCUGCUUGGAGAGCUGUGAUGUGUAAAUCAGGCAAGGAAGCCAGGCCAAGGGAGGGACACCCAGAGCAGAAGGACUCGGGAGGCCCCCAGGGAGGCCCCAGUGUGAGCCAGGCUACAGCGUGCAGACACCAGCAGGUCCAGAGGCUCAGGGAGGGCAGCCUUGGGAAGAAGCUUGCCUGUGAGGUCCCCAUCGAGAGGAUGAUAGUCCAGGGGUAGAGAGCAAAGCCUCAGCAGGCUUCGCAGAGCUUUGCUCAGCACACCUAAACCCUCUCUCAAAAGAAACAAGGCACACAUGCUCUUGAUCCUGAGGCAAGCACACUGCCCAGCAGUGUCGGGAGAGCAGAGCCAGCUUUGGUUGGGCACGCCACCUGAAUGCUUGGCCUUCACCCAUUCCCACAGCAGGAAUGGAGGAGUUGAGGCCAUGCUGAUUCCUUGGUCAAAGUCUCCUGGUAGGAAGCAUCCUAAACACUCAGAUAAUUGCCCACUGUAAGUGACUGGGUAUUGCUCAACUUGAAGGCCUGGUGCCCCCUCAGCACAGGAGUGUGGUUGUUGGUCCAGCCUGCCUGUAACAAUGACUUUGAUAGAGGGAGAUAUUGACUUUGGUUUUCUCCCUUUUUUGCUAAUCUUAUUCUGUUCGUUGCUGAUAAGAGUGGAAUUUAGGCCCACAUAGAUGCCCCAGAUAGUAUGUUCUGAUUCUUACUCACAUAUAAGGUUGUGCCAGAAUUCAAGGCCUCAGUGUAAAGGGAAGCCCCUUUCCAGGCUUCUCUGAGUGCCUCUCCUUCCCCUCAGUCCGUCUGCAGUGUUGAUAGUCAAGCCCCUGCUGGGCAGUAGUCCAGAACCAACGCUAGGCGCUGCUCCAUCCUCACCUAGUGACCAAGAGCAGGCACACUCUCCUGCCGUUACAGGCUGGCCUUGUGCUAGCUCAUGGCCACAGAGAAGGCUCCCCUGACCAGAGUAAUCUUCUUAAGUCCCAGCUUUGCCACCAUCUCAUUGCAUGAGCUGAACAAGUCACUGUACCUCUCUGGCCUCAGUUACCCUUUGGUAAGGCACAGAGAGGGUGCACAGCAUUACCAGUCCUUCCGACCUGGAAUUUUAGGGGCUGCUCGAAGUGAGCAGCUGCCGGAGCAGAGGAGCCCGUCCUCCACCAGGAGUAGAGAGGGGUUAAGUAUUAUUAGUGUCUAUUCUUAAAAUUAAGUGGGCUGGGAAAGCGCUGAGUUACAGAUGCCAGUGUCUUGCAUGGAUACAAAAGCUAAAGCAGUCUGGCUGCCUCCCAGCUGAGCCGUAGGCGUCGGAGGGGGGAGGGGGGAGGGCACAGGCAGGCGUGAAGGGGUGUGGAAGCAAGGCAUCUGCAGCAGAGCUGGGGAGUCUUGGGGAAGCCCCUGGCACUCACCGAGAUCUGUCGCCCCUGCCCUCUUGGAUCCUGCAUGCAGCGCCCCCUCCCCCUCCCCCGAUGGUAGGUUUCAGCAUGGGUGUCCUGGCUACCUCAGCUGUAUUCUCAGGGCCAGGAGGACGGCCCUCGCCAUACUGUAGGGAAGCCAGGCCAACUUGGUGUAAGGCAAGCUGUGUUUCUGGCUUGAUUCUGCCUCUGUAGUGUCCAGGGAUCAUCUUCAGGAGUCCUGUGCUUUCACUGAGUUCUGCAGCUUUGCCAGUUACAUGCCAUGUGGGCCUUGCCAAGGGUUUAUUUCAGGGGCCUUCCUGGGAGUCAUGUGCAACAGCGAGUCUUGUUCUAGGAUAUCGUGUGUCUCUAAUCUUAGGGACAAGUGCCAGUGUGAUGAGCUCAGGACAGUCUCCUGGGGCCCGUUGUACUGGUGUCAAUAAACGCAUAUUCAAGACUCCUGAGUA